CACUUCCUAGUAAAUCGCCACGAAAAUCGCGCGUGGUGUUUUUGUUCGAGCCUCAAAGCUUCUUUGCAAUCUUCGCGACCACGACGUCCGGCGCCGCGACACCAGUCUUCGCGCUCUCGUGGCUCGCGCCCUUUUUUCUCGAUGCUCGACGAUCUUGUGAUUUGUUUUUGUUCGAGCCUCGAAGCCUCUUCGCGACACAUGCCUUCGCGCCUUCGUGGUGAUCAAUUUCGUGUCUCCCUGGUCUCCAGUCAGUUUAGUGCAGUUUAGUGACGAGCGUUGAACAGAAUAUUGGAGAUUGGACAUUUAUUUUUGUUGGAGUCUCGAAGCUUCUUCGUGAUCUUUGUGCAAGUCUUCACGCCUUCGCGACAUUCGCGAUCACCGAUUUUGUAACAAGCGUUGAACAGAACACUGGAGAUUGGACAUUUACAGUAUACAUUUUACUGGAGAAUUUGGUCGCCACUAUUCCUCACCUAACGCCCUCGUACUUCAUUUUUGUUUCGAACCUCGGAGCUUCUUCGAGACACCGACCAUCAGUGUGACGAAUUUUGAUACGAUUACAGAAGAUUACAAUGCCAUUAUAAAAUAUAUGGAGAUUAUCUUGGAGCAUGGAUCAACAGAAGAUGACGGAACAGGUAUUUCGGACGUAUCUCUGAAACAGAAAUUGCAACCAUGCUAUGAUGGGGAGGAUUCCAAUACUUCAGAAUCCGAUGACUGUGAUUAUGCUAAAAGGCGUCAAAAGAAUCCAAAACAUUUGAAAGAUAAGUCGGAUUCCGAUUCCUCCGACGUAUCAAUUGUAAAGAAUAAACAAAAGGAAAGGUUUGAUGAAGAAGAAAAAUCAAAAGAUGACUAUGAAGUAGAUACUAAAAAGAGUAAAAAAAAUCUGAAAAAUUCGAAAGACAUGUCUGAUUCCGAUUCCUCCCACGAAUCGAUUGUAAAGAACAAACGGAAGGAAAGGAGAUUUGAUGAAGCAGAAAAAUGAAAAACCUCUAACGCCAGGGUACAAUCUCAAAAAGCUUUAAAUACUGUUUACGCGAGCAGAAAAGAAAACAACAAUCCGAUUUCUCCGAUCAGAGGGAGAAAAUGAUUCAACGGGCAUCUUAUCGGCACAACAAUUUUAAAAAUAUGUUAUAAAGAAAUUUGAAGAAGUAAUGGUGUUGCUGGAACAGAGUAAUGCUUCUUCUGUUCGUCUUCUGAAUUCUCUUCAGACGUACAUGAAUCCAACUUCAAAACCAGAUGGAUUUCCUGAUUUGCCUUUGACAACCGACGAUGAAUUUCGAAAGUUGGAACUGAUGCUAUCAGAAAAAGCGGCGGAUAACCCUAAUGGCCGAAAAGAACCCGCACUUGCUUAUACAUAUUUGAAAGGACGAUUGUCAACAAUUGGUGGAGCUGAUCAGAGAUCCUGCGUCAUGAACAUAUUAAAAUUUGUAAUGACAAAUCAGCUGGCUAUGUCUUACAAUUGGAAGGGGCUACAUAAUAAAAAAAGUUUUGAAAAAACAAAACUACGUGAAGUUAUUACGGAAGCGGCCAAGGUUCAAUUCCGUGGAAAAGAAUCAUUGGACGCAGCAAUAAAAGAGGCGAUUCAAAGUUGGCUGAAGUUAGCGAAAAGUAGACACGUAUACGGUUCAACCAAAAAGUAGUAUACUCAUUUAUACUUUUUAAAUAUUUUAAAUAUUUAAUUUAUAUACUGUUUAAGAAUAAAUGAUAUUUUAAACAAAUUGUCAAACUUCCUACAAUACUUAUAUAAAUAUAUAUAUCAAGAGGCACGGUAGUGCCUCGCGCCAAGUGUACGCGCAGCGAGGCACCACCGCUGCUUCUUUUACGCGAGACGCCUUUUGCGAUUUUCUGUAAUUAUCGGAUUCUCAAUAACGGCUGAAUCGAUUGAUUUCUAAAUAGGUUUAAUGGAUAGCUUGGAUUCGAUUUAUAUAAUGAAAGUAUUUUUAUUUUUCCGCUACAUGACUUACGAGCGAAGAUAUUGCGAUUAAAGUUUUUCGCUCAAGAGUAAAUCUGUUUAAGAAACGUCGUAGUCAUCGUCGUCGCCCGGCCGCUAGGACAAAUGGCGGCGGUUUGUAUUUUGUACUGUUGCUUUCCGCGCGAUAGAUGGCUUACGAAUUGACACGGAACACGAGUAAUUAUAGGUUUGUUCUUUUUAGUUGUUUGCUACACUAGUUUCUAACUUACUGCACCAGUGCAGCAGUGCAGUGAAAAAGAACAGACCAUUUGUAUCGUGAUUGGCGAUCGGCGCGCCGCGUAUUGAGGUAAUGAUUUGAGGUUAAUCAUGUGACAGUUCGAGGUUAGUGUCAUGUUGACGUGCGCGAGGUUAAUGACAAGUUAAUUUUUAUUAUACAUAAUUUUCAUCUUACAUCGUAGAUUACAUCAUGAAAGAAAAUAUGGCUAUGCCUAAAUUGAUAAUUAUCUCAGAUAAGUUACACAAAAUUGUAUGAUAAAUAUUCUGAGAUAAGAGUAAUACUUUGUAUUAUGUUUUAUUUUUAGUUUUUAAAAGAAAGAGAGGAAGAAGUGUCUUGUGCGAAGUGUAUACGUCCUACUGUGGAUAAGAAGCCAAAA